AGACUGCGCGCGGGACUGACGCUGUCACCACGAGCCCGGUUUGCUCUCUCGAGCCCCACGCAACCGUUCAAUCCGCCUAGGUGGCUGUGUGACUACGAGAGAGAGCCAAAGGGUCCGCCGAAGCGGAAAAACGCAAGGACACACGAAACUAGCUGUGGAUUUUAGGAGGAGAAAGUUCAGCUGGUCUCAACCGUUAGAAAGGGAUCGUUUUUUUCAUUCAAUUCUGUCACGUAGGGUCAUAAAUCAUUGAACACAGUGGUCAACGUUGGGCAGAGAUUAUGUCCAUGCAAAUGAACGAGGCAGACAGCGUGGUGAAGGUGGCUGAGUGGCAGCAGACAUACUACGCCCAUGACUCCGGCAUCCAAUCAGGGGCCACGACACUGCGGGACGACGAGAGCAGCACAGAGUACAGCCUGAACAAGAAGUACGCGGGUAGUGCUAGCACCGCCGCCGCCGGGGUUAGCGCUGGGAGAGGCGGGAACGGGGACGCCGCCGAGGGUGACGCAGACAGCCCCACCGACCUCGACCUCCAGUACUCCCUGACCAGGGCCCAGCGCGUCCGAGCCGCCAUGUUCCCGGAGACGCUGGUGGAAGGGGAGGCGGCCAUGCCCGUCCAAUCGGACCCGGCGCAGCAGAGCAACGUGCAGCGGUUGGCCGAGCCCUCCCAGCUGCUGAAGACGGCCAUCGUGCACCUGAUCAACUACCAGGACGACGCGGAGCUGGCCACCAGGGCAGUGCCAGAGCUCACCAAGCUGCUGUCGGAUGACGACCCGGUGGUGGUCAACAAGGCGGCCAUGAUCGUGAACCAGCUGACCCGGAAGGAGGCCAGCCGCCGGGUGCUGGUGCAGUCGCCCGCCAUGAUCGCGGCGGUGGUGCGCGCCAUGACGUCGGCGGCCGACAUCGAGACGGCCCGCUGCGCCGCAUCCGUCCUCCACAGCCUCUCCCACCAGAGGGAGGGCCUGGUCGCCAUCUUCAAGUCUGGGGGGGUGCCGGCCCUGGUCCGGAUGCUGAGCUCUCCGGUGGAGUCGGUGCUGUUCUACGCCAUCACCACGCUGCACAACCUGCUGCUGCACCAGGAGGGCGCCAAGAUGGCGGUGCGCCUAGCCGACGGCCUGCAGAGGAUUGUGCCCCUGCUCAAGAAGAGCAACCCCAAGUUCCUGGCCAUCACCACCGACUGUCUGCAGCUGCUGUCCUACGGCAACCAGGAGAGCAAGCUUAUCAUCCUGGCCAAUGGGGGCCCAGAGGGGCUGGUCUUCAUCAUGAGGAACUACAACUACGAGAAGCUGCUGUGGACCACCAGCCGAGUGCUCAAGGUGCUCUCCGUCUGUCCCAGCAACAAGCCCGCCAUUGUGGAGACCGGUGGCAUGCAGGCUCUAGGCCAGCACUUAACCGGUUCUAGUCAACGGCUGAUCCAGAACUGUCUCUGGACUCUUCGCAACCUUUCUGACGCAGCGACUAAACAGGAAGGGUUGGACGGUCUUCUGCAGAUCCUGGUCACCCAGCUGGGCUCCGACGAUGUCAACAUGCUGACCUGCGCCACGGGCAUCCUCUCUAACCUGACCUGCAACAACUCUCGCAACAAGACCCUGGUGACCCAGUACGGAGGAGUGGAGGCGCUGAUCCACGCCGUGCUCCGCGCGGGGGAGAAGGAGGACGUGGCGGAGCCCGCCGUCUGCGCACUGCGUCACCUGACCUCUCGCCACCAGGACGCCGAGCUGGCCCAGAAUGCCGUGCGGCUCCACUAUGGCAUACCGGCCGUGGUGAAGCUGUUAGGGCAGCCGCACUACUGGCCCGUCGUCAAGGCGACGGUGGGUUUGAUCCGGAACCUGGCGCUGUGCCCGACCAAUCAGGCGCCGCUGAGAGAGGCCGGAGCCAUCCCACGCUUGGUCAACCUGCUGCUAAAGGCUCACCAGGACACGCAGAGACACAGCUCCUCUGGCCAGCAGACCUACCAGGAUGGGGUGAGGAUGGAGGAGAUAGUGGAGGGCUGUACUGGGGCGCUCCACAUCCUGGCAAGAGAUCCCUUCAACAGGGGAGAGAUCGCCAGCAUGCAGACCAUACCAUUGUUUGUGCAGCUCCUGUACUCGUACGUGGAGAAUGUGAAGCGCGUGUCGGCGGGCGUGCUGUGUGAGCUGGCGCUGGACAAGCAGUCGGCCGAGCUCAUCGACGCCGAGGGGGCUUCGGCCCCCCUCAUGGAGCUGCUGCACUCCAACAACGAGGGCAUCGCAACCUACGCGGCCGCCGUGCUCUUCCGCAUCUCGGAGGACAAGAGCUCCGACUACAGGAAGAGGGUCUCCGUGGAGCUCACCCACUCCCUCUUCAAGCAUGACCCCGCGGCCUGGGAAAUGGCUCAUCAUGCGAUGCCUAUGGAGCCCACCUACCUGGCAGACGAGCUCGAUGGCUCCUACCCGACGUACGGCUACACAGACCUUCCCCUGGACACCCAGCCCUUACCCGACCUUCACGAGUCCUACAUGCCUGACAUGACCUACGACCCCAGACACCCUUACCCGGAACCCCUCUAACAGGU